AGAAGUGGACGGCGGCGCGGAGCCGCCGCAGAACCGUCAGACUUUCACUUAGACUUUGUUUUUCCGUGUUCUCGCCUUUCUCUCUCUUUUUUUUUUUUCCUUUCCAAUACUACAACUGUAGUGUCCUGUGGCCCAGAGGGGAAGGCGGGUCAGCGCGCCGAAUCCCGGAGCCGCGGGGAUUGGUGGCAUUGCCCCUCCUGGCGCAGCAGCCCCGGGCAGCGCCGGCGGAGGAAGCCCGCCCGGAGGCCAGAUCCUCGCGCGGGCUGGAUGCGCUCCCUCCCGGCGCAAAGCGAGUCUCUAGUGCGAAUCAGCCUCGGGGCUAGAGAGCGUCCGAGUAAGGUCAGAGAAGCGCAACCGGCGGAACCCGGCGUCUUUUGAACUUCCGAAAGUGAGCCGACUGGUGACUCUUAACUUUGGGACCAACUCGCGAGGGCCCGCCUGGGUUUUGGUUUGCUUAUUUCCCGGGGGAGAAGAGAAGAAGUAAGCGCACUUUGAGUGGCGAGGCAAAGUAAGGAAGAGGGAAGAGCCGGGGAAAGAAUCCAGGACUGCUGGAGCGAAAGGCCAGCCAAAUCCACCCCGACGCCCGCUAGGCUCCGCGAGCCACCGCCUCCCGCGUGGAGGGUGUGGACGUUUCUGCAGCCCAGCUCUGAGAGCAAGCCUCGGGGGCGGCGUUCUCGGCCCAGUUGGCAGGUUGCCUCCGGGUUCGCAGAGCCGCUCCUCGCUUGCGCCCUCAGUGCUUCCGGCUCCCGGGAGCCCCGCCGGGGGCCCCAGCCGGCGCCCUCGCAGCGCAGAAGCCGGCUCCGGCCUGGCCGUGGGAUGUUAGCGGUGGGGGCGAUGGAGGGCACCCGGCAGAGCGCGUUCCUGCUCAGCAGCCCGCCCCUGGCCGCCCUGCACAGCAUGGCCGAGAUGAAGACCCCUCUCUACCCGGCCGCGUACCCCCCGCUGUCCACCGGGCCCCCCUCCUCUUCGUCCUCGUCGUCGUCGUCCUCGUCACCCUCCCCACCUUUGGGAGCCCACAACCCAGGCGGCCUAAAGCCCCCGGCCGCGGGGGGGCUCUCGUCCCUGGGCAGCCCCCCGCAGCAGCUCUCGGCAGCCCCCCCCCCCGGCCUCCACCACCUCCCGCCCGUGGCCGCCGUGGGCCGGUACCCCAAGCCGCUGGCCGAGCUGCCCGGCCGGACGCCCAUCUUCUGGCCCGGGGUGAUGCAGAGCCCGCCCUGGAGGGACGCGCGCCUCGCCUGCACCCCUCAUCAAGGAUCCAUUUUGUUAGACAAAGACGGGAAGAGGAAACACACGAGACCCACGUUUUCUGGCCAGCAGAUUUUCGCCCUGGAAAAGACUUUCGAACAAACGAAGUAUUUGGCAGGGCCCGAGAGGGCUCGCUUGGCCUAUUCGUUGGGGAUGACAGAAAGUCAGGUCAAGGAUCGCUAUGGCAACGGCAGGCAGUUUGCUGGGGCCUGUGACUCGGAGGGACCUGGGGCGAUGGAGACCGACUUUGACGGCCCAGACGAGGGAGGUCUCUGAGCG